UAUUGACGAUGAUUUGUACUUAAAUACAUGCUUUUUCCUUAAGAUCCAUGUCGUCAUAGAUAAUAAUAUACGUCAAAUCACGUCAAACUGAAGUGAAAUAUUAUCAAUAAUACCUGAUCGUAUAAGAUUACAAAAACUAAUGUAUACUAUCAGUAAUACUGACUCAGUAUUAUUGACCGUGUAAGGAGGCCUAAAUCUUUCAACGAUUGAUUAACGAAUAUUUCGGGAACUUUUGGUAACUUCAACGUAGCAUAGCAGUGACACGCGCGACCGAGUCGAAAUCGUUCUCGAAUUCCACGUGAACGUCGUCACGAAGGGCAGAAAAUUCCAAAAGGAGUCAGGGUAUCGAUCUAGAAAAAAGAAAGAUUUGUAUUGCGUUCAUUUCUGCCGGUUGUGGUGAAAACGAUGUCGAGCAAGCAGACUACCAUUUCUUUUCCAGUAAAAAAGAAAUGUAGUUUUUACGGUCACAAGAAGGAAAUAAAAGAGGAUUUCACUAACGCGACGGCAAAGGACAUAUCGUCAAGGUAUGUCCCAACCGUGAAGAAGAUUGUUACUUUGACCAGCAGUGAAUCUGAGUCUGAUUCAGAUAUUGAGAAUACAAAGGAGAAGCAGAAGGUAACAAGGGAAAGAAAGAUUGAGAAUGCAGGCCAUACACCAAGGCGACGAAAGUGUGACAACUUGAAUGAACAACACACUCCUAGUCCACCAAAGCAGAGAAAGGAAAAGCUGGAGUCUUCCUUGACGCCCUCCACUCUUUUCAAUAGAUUAGUUCUGUCUCCAAAGAAAGAAGGCAAAUUAACUCCCAAGCAAUUAUUUAACUCUUGUCUCUCCAAAGAAGAGGGCGAGUUCAUUUCUAAGCCAGUAAGAUCUAACAAGUACCAGAACGCGCGUAAAUCAUUGCACGGUUCCAUAACCGACAACUUACCUGGAAGAGAAGAGGAAAUAACUAAGCUGCAGAAAUAUCUUCUUGAACAUUUAGAUCAAGAAACAUCAGGUUCUUUGUACAUUUCUGGCCCUCCGGGCACUGGCAAAACCGCGUGUCUGUUCAAGAUCAUGCAACAGCCGAAUAUAAAAUCGAAAUUUAAAAUGGUUUACAUUAAUUGUACCAGCAUGAAAUCCGCGAUUGCCAUUUAUACCAAGAUAAUUAUGGAACUGUCCUUAUCCGGCACGGCAAGGACAGGAAAAACUCUUAUAGAAAAGUAUUUAGCAUCCAAACAUAAGAUGAUACUCUUGGUAUUGGACGAGAUAGAUCAGUUGGAGAGCCAAAAGCAGUCUGUACUGUAUUCCAUAUUUGAGUGGCCUUCCAAACCGAAUUCGAAGCUGAUCCUCAUCGGAAUCUCCAACUCUCUGGAUCUGACUGACAGAAUACUACCUAGACUGGAGACCAGAUGCGAAUUAAAGCCGGUGUUAAUGAACUUUGCCCCUUAUUCCAAACAACAGAUAUUUAAUAUAAUAUCUGCGAGACUGAAUGAGGCAAACGCGACCAACGUUUUUACUCCGGCCGCGAUACAAUUUCUAGCGGGUAAGGUAGCUGCAAUUUGUGGGGAUAUCAGGAAAGCCUUAGAUAUCAGCAGGAGGGUGAUCGAAUUAGCUUCGUUGCCUCAAGUAGCAGAUGUGCUACGUCCGACGAACGAUAAUGAUACAAAUGUAUCGCCCUCAAAGAAGGAAACAGAGACAGUGGAGAAGCCGGUUGACUUGAAGGAAGUGGUGACAGUUUUAAAUGGAGUUUAUGGAGGCAUACAGAAUCUCAAUAAAGAACAGGAUACAUUUCCUCUUCAACAAAAGUUGUUAAUUUGCUCUUUAUUACUUAUCCUUAAUAAAGGAAAGAAUAAAGAAAUCACUAUCGGAAGAUUGUACGAAGUGUACAGAAAGGUUUGCAAGAAGCGUAACAUAUCCGCUGUCCACAAUUCUGAUUUUGUAAACAUGUGUUUCCUCAUAGAAACCAAGGGUAUUUUGCGAGUUGUCGGCAAGAAAGAGCCACGUUUGUGCAAAGUAAACCUACAAUGGGAUCAAGAAGAGUUGGACACAGCCUUGCAGGACAAGCAGAUGAUGGCUGAUAUAAUUAACGACGCAAGUUGCUUGUAGAAUCAUUAGGGAAAUUUAAUGUUACAUUGUUUUCUUAAUUUAUUUUGU